GGCUGAACAGCUGUGUCCAAUCAGAGGGCUCCGUUUGCUAACUGCGCAAUUCAAUCUGGAAGCGGUUUUGCGUAUCGGACAAAAACAUCGUAUCGGCUUUUUUCCUGCCGCACAUACUCCUCAUAUCGUGGUUUUCGGUCGUUUGAAUCCGUUCUCUCUGCGUCCCGGUAAUUUCCGAUUUCAGUAUUUACCCUUUUGCUAGGCCCUAUCGAGUCGUUAAUUUUCUUUAAUAUUACAUAACCAUUUUUUAUUUAAUUUACAUUGUUGUGUACGUUCUAGUCUAAAUAAAAUUUGUUACCACAGUCGCUCGUCGAUGACAUACGUGUCCUCUUUCACUCUUCCCACAACAUUGUAGUGUAAUAAACGUUUUUACCAUAAAAAACGUUGAAGGCCUACACAAUUUCCUUCGGCCCCCGUACCCAUCGGUCGAGCGUGUGAAGUCCUUUGAUCCUCAACGGCAUCACUAUGGCUGAAGUCGACGACGCCGUUAUCGAUGUGGUAGCGUCCGAGGUGAUAAACGGGUGCACCAUUACCGGUGACAGUGACUAUUCGGACAAGGCUGUGGACCCAACGUCGGCGGAGAUGCGCGUCAAGCGCAAAGCCAAACGCCUAGCCAAAUCCCUGUCCAGGGACAGCGGUAUUGUCAAUGGUCACGGUGGCACAGCCACUGUAGUGCAGCUCAAACGGCGCUGGAAGAACAACAGAAAGUCCAGAAACGGGUUUACCAAGAGAGGAGAACUUAAAAAAGGUGAUUUAUCAACACUUUAAUACAUCUAUACUUUGUACGUAAUAUUAAACCAUGUGCUUUCUUUACACCACUUCCCCUCCUUAGUUGGUUGACACUGGAUUUUAUUAGUUUACUGAGUUUACUGUAAGUUUGAAUAAUAAUUAAUAAUAAUGGGUAUUAUCCACAUCCGAUUUUUACCCACCCUCAUAAUUUUGUUGUUUUUAGGUACCUGUUGGCUGGUUGUUGUUAUUUUAAAAUUAAAAAUAGUUAUAAAUUACUACUUGCCUCUGUGUUGGUACCUACUAUAUAUAGUUAUGUAGGUAGGUAUUUUAUGCACUUGGCAUAUUAUCAUUUUCAUAAGGAAAUUGUUUUUGUAUACAGAGUGUUUUUUGUAUUGUGUAACUAUUAAUGAAGAAAGUUUUAUAGUUUUUAAGUUAAUUUAUAGUAUGGUAUAAUUUUUCAAAGAUUCUAUUAGGUACCUAGUUACUUAAUUAUUAAUUAAAACAUUGCAUUCCUAUUUUAUACUGAUUUAGAAUAUCAAUUUAGGCACUUCAAUUAGUUAGGUAAUGCAAUUUUUAUGGCAAGUUUAUAUGUAGGACGUUUUUAAUUGAUUGUUAUAUUAUGCAAAAACUUAAUAUUAAUUUAAAAUAUGGAUUUUUAGCAUAAAACAUUCUUUAAUAAUCAUUGAUUGUCUCAAAAUAAAUAUUGAAAUUAUUGUAUCAAUUUAUUAUUCUAGUUUAAAGUUUUAAACAAAUUUUAUACGAGAUUUUAUUUUCAGUCCAAUAUUAAAUUAAUUCCUUGUAAAAAUAAAAAUUGUAAUCGAGAUAAAAAUCAUGACUAAUUAUGAGGCAUUUGGGUUAAAUGACUUAAACGAAAUAGAAGUAAGCAAAUAAUCUUUUAAAAGUUGUGCAAAUAAAUAAUAUUUAAAUAAAUGUUAUCUGCCAAGAGAAAAACAAUCAAUUAUAAAUAUUUAAUAAAUUUUACACAAUCACCCUGUAUUUGCGUAUGUAAGUAUUAUUUUAUGUAGUUAAUUUAUCUUAUAAAUAGAUCUUUAAAUAAAACAACAAAUUAUAUUCUUUUGAAAUUUACUUUUAAUUUUAUUACUAUUUCAACAUUAUUGCCUCAUUUGUUUUAAAAAUGGUUAUUUAUUAUUUUAGGGGAUAAAAUAUCAUCUAUUUUGUGAGAAAUAGUAGUUAAUGAACUUCCAAUAACUUUCAUGAUUAAUUUAAAUUUCACUUGCAUUGUAAAUCAUAUUGGUUUUAAUUACGAUUAUUAUUUUAAUUUGAAAUCGGAUUAAUGUUAUAAAUAAUUUGGCAGUUAUUUUAAAUUUUAUAAAAUAAAUAGCCAGAAUUGUAUUGAUGACUUACAUGCCUACAAGUUUAUAUUUGUCUUAUAAAUAAUUUUUGGGGCGUAUUUUAAUUGUUACUUAUCUAUAUUACCCAUGUUAAUAUUUGACUGCUAAAUCAAACAAAUUAAUAAAUAAGUAAAUAAAUAAAUACGCUCAUAGGUUUUUUCUAAAUACAGCCCUUAUUAGUAGGUAGUAGGUACCUACCGCUUAGUGACUUGAGUUGAAAUUUAAAUAUAGGUUAAUCAUAGGGCUUGAAUAGGUGUUUGUAAUUAUUACAUAUACCCGAGUAUUAUAUUAAAAUUAAAUAGCUAUAAGUAGGUAUAUGAUUAAUGUAGUGAUAAUCAAUGCAUAGUAUGAACAUUUAGUAUAAUAAUAAAGUAAAUUUCUUAACAUACUUAGGUUGUUUAUAAUUAUAUUUUCUUUUGGUCAAGAGACUAAUACACUUUUUAAACAUUUGUGGUAUCUACAUUUUUCUUUUUAUUGAUUUCUUUUGUUAAUUUUAUAUAAUUUACCAAUAUUUUAAGGUCAGUAAAUAAGAGUGAAUGACGUCAAAUCAAUUAAAAUGAUGAAAAUCUAUUAUUUUUGUUAACCAGAUAACUACUUUAAACAUUUUAAAGUAUAGUAAACAUAUUAUUAUUCAUUUUUUUUUUAUGGUAUAAUAGAUAAAGGUAUGUAUAAUAUUUUAAAAUUUUAUCUAGGUUCACUGAAGGUCGUUCGUUAAUAUGAAAUAGAGAUUAUAAAAUUUAGGUAAUUUAAUUUAUUGUUUAUCUCGAUAUUGUCUUUUGAGAACUUAUUAAAGACGAUAAUGUAUUAUCACACAUUUUGGUCCUUACACUUAAUGUUGGUAAACAUUAUUUAAUUUCAAUAAAAUUGUGUCAGAUGACAAGUUUUAAUCACAAUUUAAAUUUGAUUUGGUACAUUAUUUGAAUUAUUGAAGCAUCCAUUGAUAUUUUAGCAUCUCAUGUGAACAAUUAAUUUGUAAUCAAUAUUAUAUUUUAUUUGAAUAUUUAACAGAAUAUUUUAUGCUGAGCAUUUAGAUUUUUUAAUCAUUAAAUGUGUUUAAAAAUAUAAUACUACUGUCACCUACUUAAAUAAACAUAAAAUAAUGUACAUUUUUCUAAUCAUUAGAUUACAUUUUUUUUUUUCUGUUAAAUUAAUAUUAUUUCCAAAUAAAUAAACAAUUAUAUUUUGAAAUUGACAUUGUAGUACCCAAUUAAUGUUUAUAUGGAUAGUUAUUAUUAUAAUUAUUAGUUAUAUUUCCUGACAGUUCAAUGGAGUCUAGGCAAUAAUUUAUUGUUUAAGUACCUAGGUAUUGUGAUAAUAAAUAAUAGGAAAAAAACAUUUCAUUAGCCUUUUUUUAUAAUGUACCUGUUUGUAAUAGAUGGUAUUUGCUUAUUUUUGUAUCAGUUAUUAUAAGACUCAUAAUGUACAAGCUUAUUAGCAUUUUUUGAAUGAUCGUAAAAGCUUUCUGUUCAACAAAUAGCUUUUAUAUUUGAAAUUUAGAUAAUUUUCUAGUGGUGAGUUAAACCUUGACAAACGAGAUCAUUUAAUUUUCAAAGAAGUAGUUUUAUAUAAUAUAAUGUGUAUUAUAUGUUGUAUACAAUUACUUUGGUUGUUUACAACCAUGCACGAUAUUAAAUAACUUAAAUUGAAUAGGUAAUACUAUUCCCAUUGUUAACUUAGAUAUAUUUAUAAAUAGGUAUUAGCAUUCAUUAUUUUGUUGUACAUAAUAUUCUCAGUUACAAUAUUAUAGUUAUGUUAAUAUUAUUGUUAGGUAGAAAAUUUAAAUAAUUUGUAUUUAUGCCUAUUUAUCAUUUCAUCAGGUGGUGCUGGUGGCAAAGGUGUUUGGGGAAAGUUAGGUGAAGAAAGUGAUCUGGAUGCAGCUAUUGACAUGAAGGAUCCUAAUUAUGAUAGUGACCUUUUGGAUGACGAUAAUAUUGUUCUGCGGGAAAUUACUCCAGAAUCGUCUGACGAAGAACUGAAAGUAAUAAUUGUUUCACCUUUAGUGUGUGUGUAUGUGUGUGUGUGUGUAAUAACAUUAGAUAUCUACUAACAUUUAAAAAUUAGAAAAUUAAUUUUAAGUAUAGUCCUACUUUUAAUAAUACACAUGUUAUCAUUUUGAUAGUUAAUAUUAAAUUUAAUAUCAUAAAUAAAUAAUAAUUAAAUAUAAUUGUUAAAUAUUGAGUGGAGCAAGGAAUGUAUUGGUCUUUCUACAAUAUGUGCUUAUUUUUUUGGUGUGUAGAAUUUUUCUAUUCCGAUCUUGCUCUGAUCCAUAAAUAAAAAUAAACUUUUUUUGUAUCAUUUUAGAUGUAGUUUUCAAAUUCAUAAAGCUGUUAUAAUUCUGUUUUUCUGUUAAAAAUUUUGCUCCAAAUGUUGAUGAAAAUCCUAUAAAUUAGAGCUUUAAGAUAUAUAUAUAACAUUAUCCUACCUUGCUUACUUUCCACCUACUUCAGUUGUAUCAACUCUUAUUAAGUUUAUUGUCAACAAUUCUUGAUAUGAAUAAUUUUUAGUGUUAAAUUAUUUAAACUUAUAUCCAUAUUAAAAAAUUAAUACAUUUGUUUAAUCCGUAUAAAAAUAAUUAAAAGGGGAGGAUUUUAUUUUUAAUUUAAUGCAAUAUUUCUAAUUCAAUAUGAAUUAUAAUCAGGAUUUGGGUUUUGAUAGCAUUUUUUUUGGAUUUUAUUUUGAUACGUUUAUAAUAUAAAAAGUUGUUUUUUUACUAUUUAUUCCUUGGGUUUUUUUUUUUCACAUUUUCACUGAUUUCCUCCCUAUGGUUUUUUUUUAAAUAUUUUCAUCAUUGUAUUCUACAAUUUAUUAGAUAAUAAAUAACGAUUGGCUGAUAAAUGAAUUGAUACUCGUUAUUGGUAUGAUAAUGAUCUUUAAAUCUCUUACUGAUCAAGUAUCAGUUUUUUUUCCUAAAUUAAUAUUUGAGAAAAAUAUUUUCAAGAAUAUGAUUAAUAGCAUUAAAAGAAUCAAAUUUUCACCUGAUAUCAGUUCUUUUCAAUAUAAAUUCAUAAUUUUCUGUUUCAAAUAUUGGAUAUCUGUUUUAUAUAUUAUGUAAUAUAUAUCAAUGGUCCAUUCUUAUAUAAUAAACGUUUUUUUAAACUCUCUUUUCCGGAUUUUAAGUGCUAUUAUCGUGAACCCUAAUUAUAAUAUAUUUAAGAUUAUUUUGUUUUUUCUCCAGAGUGUACUUAUAAUGUUUUACUAAUUUUUUUUUAGAACUCUAUUACAUUUAAUAUUCUUGAAUAUUAUGAACAUGGCGAUACUGAAGAGGUAGCAAUGUCAUUGUAUGAGCUUAACAUUAUUAGCAAAUGGCAUUUGGUAAGUUUUAUAUUUUUCAAUAAUAAUUUAAUGUAACAUAUUAAUUAUUUAAUUUUUUUUAGAUUACUCAAGUUGCUGUUGAAGUGGCUCUUGAGCACAAACCAUCACAGAGAGAAAUGACUUCUGUAUUGUUGUCAGAUCUGUACGGGCGUGUAAUUAAGCAAAAGGAAAUUGCCCAAGGAUUUGAUGUAGUAUUGGCUAAUCUUCCUGAUCUCAUUCUUGAUACCCCUGAAGCUCCUAUUUUUGUUGGUUUAUUCUUGGCUAGAGCUAUUGCCGACGAUUGUCUCCCACCGAAGAUCAUAGAUUUCUUCAAAGAGAAAAACUACAGUGAAUUGGCUAAGUAAGUAUAUUGUUUGCAAGUAUAUUAAAAUAAUACUUUAUAAUUUUUUUUAUUUGUGCAUUAUUUUUAUAGUGAAGCAUUGAUCAAAGCCCAUAACUUAUUGAACAUUAAACACGGACUGACUAGAUUAGAUAAUGUUUGGGGUGUUGGCGGUAGUUUGAGGCCUGUGCAGUAUCUUGUGCGACAAAUGAAUAUGCUUUUAGACGAAUAUUUGUGUUCGGGUGAUUUGCAAGAAGCUAUUCGAUGCAUUUUAGAAUUGGAAGUACCACAUUUUCAUCAUGAACUGGUUUAUGAGGUUUGUAUUAUUAUUUUUUAAUCUAUCAUUUAUUAUAUUAAUUUUGUUUAUUUAUUUAUAACUAUACACUUAGGUAAAAUAUAUAUUUAAUGUAUUUUUAUUUUCAGGCUGUCGUCGAUGUGAUUGAAGCCAUGAAUACACAUACUGAGAUUGCUAUGUGCAAAUUACUUAAUGCAUUGUACGACGCUAUUAUUAUAACCCCAGAAAUGAUGAAUAAAGUAUGAGACAAAAGCUGGUAUUAUUAUUACUUUUGAUACUCAUCCUUUGUUUUAUUUCUUAGGGUUUUGAUAGAGUCUUUGAUGUUCUUGAUGAUAUAUCUAUUGAUGUGCCAUUAGCACCUGCUGUUCUUGAACGUUUUUUGGACAAGUGUAUUAAUGCCGGAUUCUUAAAACGGGACAUAUUGCAAAAGAUCCCAACAAGGUAUUCAUUAGUUACUUAAUUUUAUGUUUAAUUCAUAGUUGAGAACUAAUAUUAUGUUUAAUUCGAUUUGAUUGAUUUUUAGAUCUUCCCGUAAGCGUUAUGUGUCUGAAGGAGAUGGUGGUCGCCUCAAAGAAGCAUAGUUAUUUUAUACUCUUCUCCAUCCUCUAACCCAGGAGUACAGUAUUUUUUUUUUUGACAUUUAAGUUUAAUUUUUUUGUCAUUAUUUAUUAUAUGUUAACUAUACAAUAUAAUUAUUUCAUUAAAUUUGCAUUUUUUCAGUAAUUUUUAUAAUAGACAUUAGAGAUAAAAAUUAUACACGUUUUAAUACUAGUUAUGAUAGUACACAAAUGUGUACAAUAAUACCAUUUAAUUUUUUUUUAUAUAUAUAUAUAUAUAUUGGCUAAUUUUUUCACUUAUAGUUAUAUAUUUGCAAAUCAACGACAAAAAAUUUAAUAAAUUAUAAUACAUUGUAUUGUGCGAUUUGAGUUUAAUAUUUUGUAUAAAACUGAAAAUUAAAUGAAACUACAUGAUUGAAUUAUUUAUAACAUUGUAUUUAUGUUUGACAUAUACGUAAUUGCUAAAUACUGUACUCGUUAGGAACAUAUGGUUGAAUGAAUUAGAGUUGUAAUGGUUGAUUUAGGGUAACAUUAAGAAAAGAUAAAUGCUUGAUUAUAACAAUUUUUUUAUCAUAAAAUCAAUAUGCUUUAUGGAAUAAUGAUUUAUGUAUGGAUAAUUUUUUUCUUGUAAAUGUAUAAUUGACAUUUUAAAUUUACUUUUAUGUUAUAAAACGAGUGUUGUAUUUUCAAGAAUAGAUUGUGGUAUAUUCUAAAUUGUAAUGAAAAAACUGUAUUCUGUUUAGUACAAAAUUAUAUAAUAUAGAUAUAAUGUAUCAUUUUUAAGCAAUAUUUUUUAGUGUUGUUAAGGUAAUAAAUUAUUCCUAGUGAUCCAUAAUGUGUACUAUUGUUACUGUAUUAAGUUUCACUACAAUAACUUUUUAUAACCAUUAAAGAUACUCCAAAAAAGUAAAAUGUGUGUUCAAAUUUACAAAAAUUAAUUUAAUUCUAAAAAGUUUUGUAUUUUAAUAAUAUACUUCACUUUUUAUAUUUUAUGUAACCUUCUUUUUUUUUUUUUUUUAAUCAUAAAUUAACCUUAGUAUAAUAGAUUAUUUACGCUUGAAAUCAAAUUUCUUAUUAAUCUAAAUUUAAGAUGUUUGCAUUUUUUUUCAUUCGCUGUGUUAGAGUAACUUAUAUUCAGUCAUUUAUUUACCGUCAUUGUAGGGGUGCAUUUUUUUUAUGUGAUGAAAU